GUGUAAUUUAUUUUUGAAUCCAUGUGUCAACGUCGUUGUGCGCCUCCUCAUCCUCGCCACCGCUGUGUAACCGUGCAGAGAUGGAGAAGGCUUGAUGACGGACCUUUGUUGUCCUUGCCUUCCGCAACUGACGGUGGAAUCCAUGGCGACAGCGCCGCCGCCAGGCCCUUGCAAGUGUCUAACGCUGCCGGGCACGAGUCCUUGAGGCGCCACACAUGCCGCGCCCACGAAGGCUGCUCCGUCGGAAUCCGCGACGGCCACGACCGGCCAGUGCGAGCUACCGCCAGCACAGUGAUUCUAGAAUACAUACAACUAUGGGCCAAGACAGUUGCAUCCAAGUACUGCUGGUCUCUAGAUACAUACAACUAUGGGGGGCCGCCAUCAUGUCGCAAACCAACCAAAUGUAAAGUUGCAAGAUCCUUAUGUUGGGAGAAGCAAAGUUGGACCGGUUUAAAAAUGUUCUAUAAUCUUGGCUGUGCUGCACCUUUUCUUAAUCUAAACAUAGGAAUGAUCGCAAAUAGAUACUUGAUAAGUGCUAUGCACCUUUGAUGCAAGGAUGUUCCGUCAAAAUUCUGUUUCCGACAAUAUUUUUAUAACAGUAAGUGACUCAUAUUGUUCCUUCAUUUCUUCUAGAUCCUAUUCAAUUGGAAGAGGUAGUCACUGAGCAGAUUGUAGGGGUUGAGGAUCCUGAAUGCUCUUCAACUUUUAUGAAAUUUUGUACUCACUUAUCACUACUCUUUUUGCCAUGGCAGUUUGGUGGCUGCAGAGGAGUCCCUUUUUUCAGUCCAUUGAAUUCACUGUAAUAUGACGAAAUACCACCAUAGUUUGGUAGUUUGAUUAUUUUCAUGUGUAUCCCUUAAUAUUUAUAGAUGGCAUCUUAAUUGAGAUAUCCGUUCAUCUCCAUGGUUUCUAAAUAACAUGUCAAUAUCCUGUUUGGUUAUUAAUUCAAGAAAAUGAUGUGGUUCUAAAUCUCUGAAUUAUACCUUGCGAUUUAUGCCUUGUUUUUUUUCCUUGUAGAAAAUAUGGCCCUGAUAAGCUUCUCUUGAUUGUUGCAGACACCUGAGGGUUUGCUACAACUGAAGCUGAGAGUUAGCAGCGGCCCUGCCCAGGACCUGGCAAAUCCAGCAGCGGCGGCUCCUAGCCACGGUUCUCGAUGCUCGGACUGGUGACCUAUAAUCCCAUCCCAAAUUCCCCUUACAGAUGACCCUAGGAAGUAAUUCAGCAUGUGAAUUGUAUGAACUGUAGUCCAAUAGUCAUGUAUCUGCAAAUGGAUCAGUUUUAUUAACUGUUCUCAACUGAUCAAGUCUCCUUUGUUUUUUUCUUGCAUUAUUUUUGAAGACUCCUAAAAAUGUAUGGUUAAUAUUCCAUCACUCAAUUAUACAUCUAUAACAUUUGUAAAUUUUAACUUUUUCAUAACACAUUCGUGAGUUUUCUUUC